AUGGAAAUUACUACUUCAAUUUCUGGCGAGAUUGCUUGCAAGAUCAUGGGCAAUUUGUUUGUAGCUGCUGGCGAUCAACUUGGUUACCUGUUUCAUUACAAUGACAAUAUUAAAGACUUGAAAGAGCGAGUGCAGGAACUUAGUGGCCGCAGAGAGAGGGUGCAAGUAAAAAUUGAUAUUGCCAGGAGAAACGGAGAAUAUAUCUUCAUUGAUGUUCAAAAUUGGAUGGAAAAAGUCUACAGGAUUUCUGCAGAAGUUGAAAAGUUUUUGGAAGAUGAUGUCCAUGCAAACAAGAGGUGUCUCAAGGGAUGGUGCAUAAAUCUUGGACAACGUUACCGAUUCAGUAAGAAGGCAAAAGAGGCCGCCUUGGCAAUUCUUGAUCUUGUGCUGCAAGAAGUGUUAAUGUUUGAGCAUGUGUCUUAUCCUACUACUUCAUCUAUUGUGGUAUCAUCAUCUUCAGUAUUUUCUUCUCGCUCUUUUGAAUCUCGAAACUCACUUAAGAAGAAAAUUCUGAAGGCUUUAAUUAAUGAUGAUAAUAUCAACUUAAUUGGAAUAUAUGGGAUGGGAGGAGUGGGUAAGACCACAUUGGUGAAAGAAAUCAGCCAACAAGUAAAAGAGGAAAAGAUAUAUGAAGAAGUAGUGAUGGUAGUUGUCUCUCAAAACCCGAGUAUUAUGAAGAUUCAAGGCGAAAUUGCUGGCAAGUUAGGUGUAACAAUGCCUUUAUGGGCUAAUUCUGAAUUAGCAAGAGCCGGUUUCCUAAAAGACAGAAUCAAGGAGAAGGAGCGGAUCCUUGUAAUCUUAGAUGAUGUUUGGGAAAGAAUUAACUUUGAUGAGAUUGGAAUUCCUUCUCGGAGUGAUCAUAGUGGUUGCAAAAUUUUAAUCAUCUCUCGUAGCAUAACUGUUUGUGAACAAAUGGGGUGUCAAAAGAAUUAUAUAGUUAUGAGGUUAUCCGAAAAAGAAUCUUGGGAUAUUUUUAGCAAAAUUGUUGGCUCGACCGUUGAAAAACCUGAUAUAAACUCAGUUGCAAGAGAAGUGACUGCUACAUGUGAUGGCUUAACAAUUGCAAUUGUCACAAUAGCCAGAGCUUUGAAGGACGAAGACAUACGUGCAUGGAAAAAUGCAGUGCAACAACUUAAAACGUCUAUUCCUACAAGCAUCCAAGGAAUAGAGAGAAAUGUUAUAUCAUCUCUGGAACUAAGCUUCAAUUACUUGGAAAAUGAGGAGACACAAUCACUUUUCUUAUUUUGUAGCUUAUUUCCAAAAGAUUACAAAAUUCCAAUUGAAUGCUUGGUUAGGUAUUGGAUAGGUUUGAGGUGGUUUGGUGAUACCGAUAUGACAAUAGGAGAUUUCAGAGAUACAGUACGUGCUAUUGUAAGUAAUAUCAUCUCUUCUCUUCUCUUAAUUGAUGAUGGUGAAGAUUGUGUUAAAAUGCAUGGUAUUGUCCAUGAUUUUGCAUUGACUAUAGCUUUUAAAUAUCACCAUAAGUUCCUUAUGAAAGUUGGCAUUGACCUACGACAGUGGCCAAAUCAAGAUACAUUUGAAGAAUUCACAUGUACCUCGUUGAUGACAAAUUUUAUUAGGCAACUACCUGGUGGGUUGAAAUGCCCAAAUUUGCAAGCUUUAUUGCUGCGAGAAAAUACAGAUUUGGUUAUCCCCAACCAUUUCUUUCAAGAAAUGAAUGAUCUCAAAGUUUUAGACUUGGGAAAAAACCUGAUCACAUCCUUGCCUGAUUCACUAUCAUUUCUCAUAAAUCUUAGGACAUUAGAGAUUACUAAUUGCAAGUUAGGUGACCUCUCAAUAAUUGGAAAGCUAACAAAAUUGGAGAUCCUAAACCUUUCUGAUUCUUCUAUUGAAGAGAUCCCUAUUUCGUUCAGCCAAUUAAGUAAGCUCAGGUUGUUAGAUGUGAAUAAUUGUCAGGAUUUAAAACUAAUAACCCCUGGUGUUAUACAGUCUCUUCAAAAGUUAGAGGAGUUGUACAUUAAUAGAUUUCAAAAUUGGAAAUCUGAAAGUGAAAAUUUGAGAUGCAAUGCCAGUCUUGUUGAGUUACAACCCUUAUCUCGAUUGACUACUUUGCAACUUUUUAUUUCAAAUCUUGAUCUCUUGCCAAAGUUCUUGUCAUUUCAAAACCUACCCAACUUUAUUUUAAGAAUAGGUGGUGAUUCGAGAGAUUACUAUUCUUUGAAUUGGAGCGGAUACUCAAGAAAUAUGAGGCUUCGACAAAUCAACAUUUCAACGAUACAUGGAUGGGUUAAAAGCUUGCUCAAAACAACUGAGCAUCUAAGACUUGAAAGAAUUGAUAAUUUAGAGAGUAUUAUUAGCCAUAACCAAAUUGAAGAAGGGUUCAAUGAGUUGAAGAGUCUUUUUAUCUAUUCAUGUAAAAAGAUAAAGUGUCUCCUAAAUACAUUGGAAUUGACACCAAAUUCAACUUUCCACAAUUUAGAGAAAUUGCGCUUGAAUGAUAAUCCCAACUUGGUUGAAGUGUGCAAUGGAGAUCUUCCAGCCCAAGCAUUUUGUAAACUAAAAGUUUUAGAAGUGAGAGCGUGUCAUAAGAUGUUAAAUGUUGUACCUAGUCAGUUGUUAUGGAAGUUUCAACAUCUUCAAACUUUCAUAGCAGAAUAUUGUAGGUCAUUGGAUUACAUAUUUGAUUGUGAAGAGAUUAAGAUUGCAAAUGGAAAAACAAAGUUGCUUUCAUCAUUAGAACAUCUAGAAUUGCGUUACUUGCCAAAGAUGUCGCAUAUAUGGAAUGGUGACCAUCAAACCAUAAGCCUUAAUAACUUGAAGAAAAUAGAUAUUCAAUUAUGCUAUAAUUUAACAAACCUAUUUUCAGCAACUCUACUCCCAGGCCUUAUAUGUUUGGAAAAAAUAUAUGUAGUAGGUUGCAAUGAAUUAAAGGAAAUCUUUGAGAAAAAAGAAGGUUUAGAUAAGCAGUUUGGCCACCCUAUAACUUCCCCGAGUUUGCAAAACUUGACUUCUAUACACAUUCGCGAUUGUCGUAAAUUAAGAAAACUGUUCUCCCCCUCCAUUGCGAAAUGGCUGGCGAUGCUCAAAAGACUUGUUGUACAGUGGUGUUCAUCAAUACAAGAAAUAAUCACAAGUGAGGAAGGAGACAAAAAAGAGUCAAUAGAGAGGUUGAUUUUUCCUAGUUUGUCCUACUUAGAACUUGGAUGUUUAGGAAGCCUCACUUGCUUUAGCUCAGGGCUGUAUGUUAUUGAAUUCCCAACAUUGGAGAGGUUGGAGAUAUAUAGAUGUCGAAAGAUGAAGACCUUUGGAAAGAGAGAGCAUGUGACACCCAAGCUUGAACAAGUGAUUCUAGAUCGGAAAAAGCGUUGGAAUGGCAGCAUUAAUACCACAUUGCAUGAGUUCUUCAAUGAAAAGACGAGCAAGAAGAAGAGGGAUGGUGUCAUAGAGAUUGAGAUGUUAAUCAUUGCCAACUGCAAUAGUGUGCACAUGAUUUUAUGUUUAUUCUUUAAGAUGAACCUCACUGCCUUUUCUCUGACAAUGCUCACAGUUUUCCUCAGCGUUAUAUCUUCUCAGGGUCUCGGACUAGUCAUAGGUGCAGCAUCCAUGGAUGUGAAGAAAGCAACAAAAUUGGCAUCCAUUAAUGUUCCACAUUUUAUGAGAUGGGUGGACUACAUCUCUUUCAAUAAUCACUCAUACAGGCUUCUCCUGAAAAUCCAGUUCAGUUGCUCUAAUUCAGGUCCUCGUGAUUCUUCCUUAAUCAGAAAACUCAGACAAGAUCAAGGUGGCUCAGAAGUGGGAGCUUUGGUGGCCAUGAUUGUAGGAUAUUGGCAGCAGAGUCUACUGCCAACAAUUAUAGCAAAGGAGAGGGCUCUCCAUUUUGACAACUCUGGUUUCCAGUUCCAGGUGGCAAAUUGGCCUGUAUUUUUUAUGGAAAUGUUGUCAUUUAUGUUCCCAUUUGCAAGAUCAAUGAGAAACUCUGCUGGGUUCAUGGCUAUGAGAGGAGAGCAACCGAUUGAAGAGAAAUAUGGCAUGGCUUCCAAAGCUUUUCCUGAGUAUAAAGAACUCCCUUUACCCAACCGUAUGAGUUUGUCAAACUCACUGAAGAGUGUACGAAAACUGUUUCUUUGUGUGGUGGUAAGGCUUCAGAAGGGGAUUUGUCGGUGCCUUGCUGUCUCUGUCUUCAACUGCAGUGGUAAUAUUUUGCCAAGUACUUGUCUAGCUGGUGUAUACUUGAUGCUGGCACUGGCAAUAGUCUGA